UUCUGUUCCCGGAAAGGCCCCAGAGCAAUCUCCUGUUUCCGGAACCAGUUCGCGUGCUUCGUCUGCCAGCAGCCACAAGGAUAGGAGUGGCCAUGACGCUGCUGCGCACAAGUGGAAGUCGAAUGAUGGCGCUGGUCAGGGGGUGACAGCUUUACCGCUUUCGACAUCUGAUUUGGACGCCGCACCGAAUUCUGCAACCAGCUCUGUUGAAACAACACACACUGCAGCAGGACAGUCGAGCGGAUAUCCCCCAGCAGGAGGAGAGCACACCGGAAGCUGGAGUAGGCAACUUCUUGACUACGCGUACAGAAAAGGGACUGCAAUGACAAACACCCGCAGCAAGGGCGGUGGCAAGAGCUAUACGACCGCACACGCACAGGCACCGUACAAUCGCACGAAAGGGAGUUUUGGCGCAGUUUCAGGCGGGUACGGUGGCGUCCCACCAACACUCGUUACUGGAGUAUCAAUGUUCGAUCCUGCAUCACAUUGGUUUGCUUCGGGUGCACAUCACAGUGGGGCCUUCGCUCUCGCGCCGUCAUCUUACGAAGCCUUCCUUCAAAACUACACUGCAGGACACACCGGACCAACCGCAGCCGCAAGCGAGUGGGACCGAAUAAAUUACGAAUAUUACGUAAAACAGCAUCACCAGCACUAUUUGGCGUACUGCUACAACCGAGGCUCAACGCCAGUAUCGCUAGGAGCAGGAGCGGCAGGAGGCCUGCCUGGGUAUCGCAGUUUGCUGGGUAGUCCGCUGGCACCACCAGGUCUCCAGCAUCCGGGAGAGGCCGCAUCUCUGCAUGCGUAUGCAAUGUUACACAGCGUGGCUCCGCCCCCGGGUGUUGAAUCUGCAGGACACCGGCAGAAAAGCGAUUCGCCACACGAUUUGUUAAAGAAAGCAGCGUCGACACUAAAGGAACCUGAUGGCAGCCCCAGGGAGGAAGGUGUUUUCGCUGAGUCUUUGACUGACCCAGCAAGUGGAAGCACUGCGUUCGCGCCUAGCAAAGAUCGCCCAAGCAAUGAAGUAGGUCAGAGCCUAGUGCCAGGCCCUGCAUCGGCAGAUAGUACCAAAGCUGGAGGAGUUUCAUCAGCCGAUCAUGCGAGACUGGUCGUCGGGCCACCGCCGGGCUUAGAGGGGGAUCCUGCUCUGGCGUCCUCAGUUCUGGAUUCGGAGAUGGAAGAGAUAAACGCGCUCGUCCAAGAGGCGGAGCGAGAACAGAGAGUGGCAAAGGCGAAAGAGCUCGAGAUAAAAGCUCGAAGGCAGGAGAUUCUCAAUCGAGCUGCAACACGAGUAGCACGUGCCACGACGCGAACGACUUCUGCAGCGCCUCGUUGUGAGGGCUCGGUCGCCGCCGCUGAAGAGACUAGUCGCCUACACACCGGCGGAAAAAAUUUCCCUGACCCUGACCUUAUGGAGUCGAGCUUGGCGCGCGCAUUUCUCUUUGGUGGACCAGAGCGUGAGGACCACGACGCAGCUGCAGCAACCUGGUCCAACAGCACGGUGGCGACUGAGGGCCCAGUUACUUUUCCGCCCACGGUGACUCCUCUCGAGCCGCCAGGGCUCUUGCUUGUUGACGACGAGCACCACACCCAGAUGCGAGACGAAUUGAAGAAGACUUUAUCCAGGGGCGGCCACGAAAAUUUGUCGCGAUGCCCAGUACCGGCAGUUGUCAGCACGAGUCCCGGCAUGGUCGGUCAUACGGUACAUACUCCGAAGAACAGCAAUAACGACUCUUCCAUGGCGAACAUGAAACGGUUGCUGAGUGUAGAUACCAAAGCCCUGGCUGCAAGUGCAAGAGCCGCAACAUGGCCUAGCCCAGCCGCACUACUCAGUGCCGAGGACGGCAUUGGGGGCGCACAUGAAAGGAAUGACCUCCUAGGUAGAGCGGCGCCCCCUGCCACGCUGUCCGUAUCAGCAGUAGCUGGUCCGGAACCGGAACAGGGUGAAAAAACGCGAAUCAACCUGCUUCCGUUUCUCAACUCCGCGGCUUGUGAUGAGCAGGCGCAGAGCACAGCAGCAUCAAUCCCUUCACUUCUGGCCUCUCCAGGGGCUACUGCCUCGACUGCAGGGC